AACCAUGGAGGGAGACGUGAGGAUGAAAGGACUGCUCUAUCUUCACCAGCAGCGCUUCGGAAAGAAGUGGAAGAAGAUGUGGGCCGAGGCGAUGGCCGAGAGUUUUCAGAGCGUGUCCCGUCUGGAGCUGUAUGAGUUCAGUAAGAAGGAGGGGAAGAAGCGGGCGGAGGGGAAGCGGGUGAUCGUACUGAAGGAGUGUGUGCAGAUCACAGAGAGGGAGAGUGACGGGUGUCCUAAAGAGUGCAGCGCCUUCACGCUGGAGACAUCAGAGAAGAUCUACAACCUCUGCUGUCCAAGAGAGAAGAUCCACGACUGGAUCACUGAGCUCUGCAGACUGGCUUUUCCUAAGUAUCAGCUGGAGCGCAGCAGAUCAGUGAAGCAGGACGUUGAACUUCAUCACACUGCAGAGAUGACCGAGAACUCACUGUACGACACAGCUGAGAGUGUGAAAGAUUUCCCGGUGGCUGCCGUGGAGACGGACGCGGCGGUUCGGUGUAAACUGGACGGUGAAUAUUUCCUCGCGCCGCAGAGCGACCGCUUACUUCUGAAGAACCGCAGAACCAGGCAGGUGGUGCUGAGCUGGCCGUACCACCUGGUCAGGAAGUUCGGCCAAGAUCCGACGUGCUUCAACUUUGAAGCGGGUCGCAGGUGUGAAUCUGGCGAGGGCUACUUCGAAUUCACCACCCCUCACGGUGAACACCUCUUCAACAUCGUCAGUGGCGCCAUCCAGAACGUUCCUCCUCAGGACGAGUCCGGGACGAGACCCAAAGAGCGGCGGGUCACGAACACGCCCCCGGAGACGAGGAAGCCCUCGAAGAAAAGGGUUCUGACCCAGAGCGUCUCGCUGAGCGCCAUCGAACUGAGCGGCAAAAAGGAAAACGCACGGAGCGCCGGCGGCGAAUCUCCAGGCCUCAUCUACGCCUCUGUCAGCAAACCCAAAGGAACGUCGCAGAACGGCAGGAACUCCAGGCAGCAGAACCUCCCAGAGUUCAGUCCGUGCUACGACCUUCAGGAAGACGAGGAGCCGCCUGACCCUUUACCUCCGACGCCGAUGUUCGACGUCCCUCCCGCCUCGGACGACUACGGAGCCGAAAGCGUCUACUCAGAGGUCACACACGUGGACGGUUACACCACCAAGGAAGACUUUGUGGACAACCCUGAAGAUCUAGACUAUUUCUACAGACCUGAAAAGUCGAUGUGUCUCGACUUUCCGGGACAGGAUGGCAAUCUGGAGGAGCUGAUGGAGCAACUGGCGAACCUUCCGGCGCCCAGCGACUACCUCGAGGAACCGUUCUAUCCCGGACCGGAGGACUACGCUUCUGUAGAGCAGUCUGUGGAUAACGUAGACGACGUGGACUGUUCCUACCCGCCCUACGAGUCCGGCGUCCACUUCCAAAGUGUCCCGCCCAGCACGAUGGACUCUUGUGAAGAUGGAUUCGCCACCUACGAUAACUUGAACAUACAAAGAGGGAAAUGA